GCGUCGGGGGGGGCCCGGGGCGCAGAGCGGUUUGGUCGUUGGUGCGGAGCGUGUCUGUGCUGUGCUCGGUGCUCGGCGCUCGGCUCUGCGGCUCCCGGGGGGCAGCGGCUGCGGCAAUCGGAAAGGCGGCCUGACGCUUCGCGGUUAGGUUCAAGACAAUGGCCCGGACCAAGCAGACUGCGCGCAAGUCCACCGGAGGCAAAGCCCCCCGCAAACAGCUGGCCACGAAGGCUGCCCGGAAAAGCGCUCCCUCGACCGGCGGCGUGAAGAAGCCGCAUCGCUACAGGCCCGGCACCGUGGCGCUCCGGGAGAUCCGCCGUUACCAGAAGUCGACGGAGCUGCUGAUCCGGAAGCUGCCCUUCCAGCGGCUGGUGCGGGAGAUCGCGCAGGACUUCAAGACGGACCUGCGGUUCCAGAGCGCGGCCAUCGGCGCGCUGCAGGAGGCCAGCGAGGCGUACCUGGUGGGUCUGUUCGAGGACACGAACCUGUGCGCCAUCCACGCCAAGAGAGUGACCAUCAUGCCCAAAGACAUCCAGCUGGCUCGCCGGAUACGGGGAGAGCGAGCUUGAGUGGAGGCGGUUUUUAUGGCGUUUUGUAGUAAAUUCUGUAAAAUACUUUGGUUUAAUUUGUGACUUUUUUUGUAAGAAAUUGUUUAUAAUAUGUUGCAUUUGUACUUAAGUCAUUCCAUCUUUCACUCAGGAUGAAUGCGAGAAGUGACUGGUCUCGGGCCUCGGUCACAGGCUGGGGUUGGGGGGACACGCUGCUCAUGCGCAGAAGGGAUGGGUGAACUUCCUGCUUCUCAUGAUGCAUGUUUCUGUAUGUUACUGACUUGUUGGGUAGCUAUUAAGGUACUAGAAGUGAUAAAUGUGUACAGGGUCCUUUUGCAAUAAAACUGGUUAUGACUUGAUCCAAGUGUUUAACAGUUGGGGCUGUUAAGUCUGACCAUACAUCACUGUGAUAGAAUGUGGGCUUUUCCAAGGGUGAAGAUGCAAGUCUUAACCACAGCGUAACUUAGUUUCCUUAAAAAAAAAAAACAAACAAAAAAAAGUAAACCUGGCAGCUAUAGAAUACACUAUGUGCAUUUAUAAUAGCUAUUUUAUAUAUUGUAGUGUCAACAUUUUUAAAUUAAAUGUUUUGCAUUCACAAGUGGUGGGGAGUCUUGUCAUUAAGAUGUCUUGUGAUUAGAGUUCAGUCGGGCUUUCCUGACUAGACUGCACUUGCUUUCCUAGUAGUAAAUGCUUUGUGCAUUAGACCUUGCAUAAGUCCUCAUUCUACCACAUGCUAACUAACCCUCUAGCUGAUAAUGCAAACACUAAUGGGGAAGUUUUAUUUAUAAGGGCUCUAGAAUAAAGUUACUCGCACCAGCAUCAUCUGUUACUAAUCUGAGCUAGUUAGUGCAGCUUUGCAUCGUGUUGUGGUCGGUCUUGUCACUAGGUUUUCUCUCCUCGGCCAAGAGGAAGCUAUGUUGUGGAGUUUUCUAAUCCCGUAGUGAAUGCCUGCUGUGGGAGCGGCGCCCUCGGCACCUGCUCACUGGACCUCUGCCAGUUGGUGUCUGGUUAGGCUACAUCUGGGUCCUGUCCUGUCUGGGAAAAUCACUUUUAUAGAGAUGGCCUUCCAAGUGGUUUUUAAAUUUAUCCUUCUAUCGAAGUUUUUAGGUCAAUUAUGUAUGUUGACUAAAUUUACAAAUAAACUUGUUUAUCCAA